UGUUGCUCCAUCUCAGCGGAAACCACAAAUGACAAGUAACCAAAAGUGUCAUUGUGAAAUUGUCGCGAUGCGGGAACAGACUGCCGUAGUUUGUUUAUCUCUUUUAUUCUUCCGAGAACAAAAUAAGAUAUUAAUUUAAACCUUUUUAUACAUUUUAGUCUAACGUAUUUAUUUAUUUUUAAUUGUUCUCCACGUCCAGAUGGAAAGCAUGAAAAUUGAGUCAGAAAAUUAUUUCAUGUUCAUCUGACGCCUUGUUGCGUUUAAAUAGUACUUUCACCAGUGUGUUAGUUAAGUUCAUCGAAAUAUAACACUGUGAUAACAAUUUAGUCGAUCAUCAAGUCAAUAUUUUGUUACUCUUACUUCAUAUUUGCUUAUUUUUAUUGAGCUAAUGUUGAUUUUUUAUGAGAUGUUAUGGCGACUAGUCUAAUCAUUCAAUAAUUCACAAUGGUAGCAGCUGGUGCAACUGCUUUAAUGACUGCAAGUGAGGGCAGUUCAUCUAAAGUAUCAGAAAAUAUUACCUCACAAUAUGAAGUUCAACAUUCACAGCGUUCUGAUAGCCUUGCCAGAAGAUCAUCAAGAUCCGGGUCUACAGACAGUAUCAAAAGGAAAGAAAGUGUUAAAAAUUCAAUGCAGAACAGAACUACUUCCAUUAGAGAGACUAAGACUUCUAGACUGCGUGCUGCCUCAAUUGUAUCUCCUGUCGAUGGCUCAAGUUUGCCAAGAAAAGCAGGAUUCUCAGAGACUGUAUCACCCUGGAGCCCACAAACAAGUGGGAGUUUAUUAAAUAAACAAAAAAGUCCAAUGUCUUCAAGUAGCAGCCUUUCUCAAACAUCUACUAGAGACAAAGAUAGAUAUCAUCGGCGAUAUGCUACAAAGUCGAAUGAUUCUGAAGAAAAAAUUGAUUCAAACCAAGACAAGAAUGAGAGAAGAUCUAAACGUUUGUCGCGGCCAAGUGUUUCAGUAAGCAAAUCGUCUACUGUCAGUGAUUUCAGUCCGUUGAACCAAAGUCCGUUGAGUCUCCGUCGGCAAAAUUACGAUUCUAAAGACAGCACACGACGGGUCAGUAAUCAACAAAGCACAUCCGAUUCUGCAGCUCGUGCAUCGUCCACGCUCGCUUCCUCAUCCGGCGUAAAGCGCACAAAUCUCCAACGGUCUAGCGGACUUGACAACGAGGUACUGCAGCGGGUCGACGCGCUGACGGCACUUACAAGAGCUACCAUGGAACGUGUAGAAAGGCUCGCAUCAUCAUCAUCCCACGCGAUUACACCUAUUAAUAGUAGAUCUAAUCUACAAAGUGAUGUCCAUUCUUCCGGUACACCUAUAAUCUCUCCAAAAUUACGUACCACCAAAUUAUCAAAAGCCAUUUGUGUUUCAAAAUCAACAUCUUCAACAGCCAAUUCAUCUAUUUUGAAGACAAUCAAAGAUGAAAUUCAAAUAACUCCAAAACCACAAGUACCUAUUUCAAUACUUAAACAUAAGUCAUUUGAUAUCGAAACAGUGGAAGAGCCCAAACUUUGUCCUACAGUCAUAGUUAAAGAAAGAGUUAAUAAAAAACAUGGUAUUCUAAAAAAACGAAGUAGUUUAGAUGAAAAUGAAAUUUUACGUCGUCAGAGUAAUUCUCCAGAUGUUUACACUGAAAUAAGUAGUUAUGAAUCUCGACCAAUUUUAAAAAAUGAACGACGAUCAUCAUUAGACGAAUUAGUGAAGCGUUCAAGAAGCCCUGAACCACAGCCAAUAUCAAUUUUAAAAAGAAAAAGUUUAGGGGAAGAUGAUCGUGAAGAUCUUAGCUCAACAGAACCCCAGAGUAUCUUAAAAAGACCAUCGUCGGGAUCUAAUAAGUCUGGAUCUACAGGUCAUCAUGUUAGCAUUGCAGCAGCAGUUGCAAAAACUCUCGGCGGUGUGGAGUUUCUUAAUGGAGGAAUUUGUACGGAAGUUCGACCAAUUUUGAAGAAAAAAAUGAGUCGAGAAGAAUCAUCCUCCAGUGAUCCUCCUUCUUUAGAACCUCGACCAAUCUUGAAAAAAAAGUCUAGUACAGAGUCCGACGAGCAUGAAGAUAGACCUAAGAAGACUAUUCUUAAGUUGUCGAAAAAGAGUUCUGAAGAAUCCAGCAAUGAAUCUGAGACAGCUUCUCCAAAAAAACUUUCGGUUUUAAGGAAUCGUUCACUUCAAAGAAGAACCAAUAGCUUACCCGAGUGUGAUGCAGUGAGGUCAAUUUUGAAAAAUUCAUCUUCAGGAAGAUCGCGAUCUAGUGACCUUACUCCUAAGGAUGCUAGCUUGAGGAAACGUGCUCGAUCUGUUGGCCAUGAGAAUACAUUCCAAGACGACUGGAAUGAAACGUAUGAUACCAGAGAUAACCUAGACGUUGACAGUAGACCCUGUUCAAAUAAUUCAUCAUCACGUUGUAAUAAUUUUGUAUCAUCCAUUCCACCUAUUGUCUCAUUCAAGCUACCCAGUAGAGAAGAUGAAGUCAUCUAUUGUGACUCAAGUACAGAAACCAAUGAUGAAGACUCUGUGAGAAGAAAAUUAGAUGAAAACAUUGUUAAAUUACGCCGAGCCAGGCAUGUAUUUCGUCGAUGUCGAGACCGUAAAGAGUUAGGAAAUAUUGAACCGUGUCAGAGUUUACCUCAAACCGUUGUUAUUGACAACCCAAGUGUAUCUGAGUCAAGAAAUAUAAAGGUAGAUGAAAUGGCAGAAAAGAAAAGUGGGACUAAAAAAGAUGAUGAUAUAGAUACAGCAACCUUGGAAGGGCGGAAACAAAUUAAUAAAAACGACCGAAAGAACAAUGUAUCACAAAUGGCUCUACGUUUCAAGGUGAUGGAGGAGCAAAGAAAACCUAACGGCGUGAAGGAAAACAGCUUGCCUCGACAAAAUCAACAACGAAACGAUGAAUAUAGUUCAAAACAUAGAGAUAUAUAUGAAAGAUUUAACACGCAGCCAGUUACUUAUCAAGAGGUACACGAAGCGGUCUUGCACAAUCGAGGAGUGAAUACAGCUAGUAUAGAGAUUGAAUUGCUUCAGGCUACUACUGACAGACAAGAUUCCAAAAACGAUAAUUCUGAACCGUUCAAGUUGAGUUUAGCUGAGCGAGUUCGAUUGUUUAAUCAACGAAUUGCCUCAGAAAGCAUUGCCAAGGUUGGAAACUCACUUGAUCGAGCUCAAAGAAGACCACUCAGUCGUUUUAGGACUCAACCAAUUACGUCAGAAGAGGUCGAGGUCGCAUCAAGAAAUAUUCCGUCCAGAAUCAAAAAUUUAAACACUACACCUUCUGAAUCUCCUGGAAUCUCUGUCACUGCUGAAUCUGCAAUGCAUUCAAACAACGAUUCAAUAAAAAGUAUUUUGAAAUCUUCAAGUUCUCACGUUCUUAGUCUUCAAGAGAAGUCUACUGAAUUCAUUCAAGUGUCACAUUCAAGUUCGAAUUCAUCUUUAGAGUUAGAAAUUGAUCAAGUAGGCCAGAAGUUUGGGUAUCGAAGGAAACAAGAGCAAGUUAUUACUAGGCAAAAUGAUAAUGCAUCAGAUGAUGAAUGUGUAGACGUCAAUGAUGGAGUUAUUAUGAGAAAUAAAAAUAGUCGUAUUCAUGAACCGAGUCAAGUGAUAAGCAAAGCAGACAAACCAGUGCCUUCUUCUGAGUGUAUUGAUAGAAAUAGUACUUCAACAGAAUCAAUCAUUGCACGAAAACGUAUUACUUCACGUAUGUCUAUUCUUACUGAUAUUUCCCAAUCAAAUUUUGAGAGUGAAUGUAGAGAAGAAAAAAGUUUGAGCGAAAUUUCAAAAAAUACUCGACCCCUGUCAACAUCGAUAAGUUUAGAUUUUCCAAGUAUGAGUAUUGCUGAUCGUUUAGCUGCUUUACAACGCAGCGGAUCAACAGAUUGGAAACGCCGAGUGAUUACUGAAUCUGUGCCUUCAAUAUUAAUCGAAAAAUAUUCGGAGGAGAGUUCCGAGAAGGGUAAUCUUUGUCAAAAAGAGAAAGACGAACUUGCGAUAAAACAACGAAGACUUGCUGAUCGUCUUGAAAAAUUAGAGUCUGCCGCAGAAGGAUGGCGUAAAAGAGUCGCUGUUACGGACGCACUUAAAUUUUCAGUGGCUGGUAAAAUGCGAGGAGAGCAAUUGGAUACGUUGAACUUGCAAUCGAAGCCAUUUAUUGAAUCUAUGGGGAAUUGUGUUUCUGAUAGAAAGAAAAAAGUCCCACGUCCGGAAUACUUUAAAAAAGGCGACACGAAAGAUAUGCUGUCUACUUCUACUGAAGAUUUAACGAAAAUGUCUCGAGAGAAUUCUUUAAAAGAUACUAGUGAUGAUAGCGGUGAAGAAUCAAAAACGACUACAUCGCUAAAAUCAAUCCAUUAUAUCCCUCGCACAGAUGAUGAGACCUUUACCUCAUUUUUUGAUAGUAUUUCUGUGGAACGAUGUAUAGAGGAAUCUCUUGAUGUAGCUGAAAGUGAUUUUGAUGUAGUUACAUCAUACUCUGAAUUAUUGGGCACAAGAAGAACAACUAAAGUACAACGUCGAAACGUUCCUUCAAGAAAUCCUCUUAAAGCCCUUGCUGCCCGAACGGAUCUCAAAGAUGCGUACACCGAAGUAACAACCGGUGUUGCAGAAAAAGUUUUAAAAAUGAAUAAUAUUGAAAAACUUGCUCAAAAUUCAUCUCUCGCUGUAGAAGCACUAGCUGGUCUAGCUUCAACAGAAGAUUUCAAUUCAGUAACAUUAAAAAACGUUACUGAUGAUGUUGGAAUUGGUACCAAGUUACGUCCUUAUAAAGAUUUAAUGUUAAUUCUAGUUAAAGGUCGUCGGCAUGUUCAAGUACGUCUAGUCGAACCUGUUGCAUCAAGUGUAAAUUCAGGUGACAAUUACAUUUUAGUAACAAAGACAGAGUUAUAUCAUUAUAUAGGAAAAUACAGUAAUAUAAUUGAAAAGUCAAGAGCUGCAGAAAUAGCAUUAAGAAUCCAACAAAAUAAAGAUCUUGGUUGUCGAGCUACUAAAUUAAUAACAAUAAAUGAAGAUAAAUUAACACAUAAAUUGUCAGAAAUGCAAGACUUUUGGAAGCUUCUUGGUGAACAAACAACUAAUCCUCAAGUUAUUGAAGCUGGACAUCCAGAUGAAGAUGAGAUCUAUGAAUCAGCGUUGAUUGACACAAAUGUAGUUUAUGAAGUCGCUGGCGAUAAAUUGAUACCCUUAGAAAAAUGUUGGGGUGCAAUACCAAAGAUAAAGAUACUUGAUCCUAGUAAAAUUUUAAUUUUUGACUUUGGAAGUGAAAUGUAUAUAUGGAAUGGUAAAAUAGCACCAACAGAAAAACGAAAAAUUGCAAUUAAAUUAGCACAACAAUUAUGGAAUGAAGGAUAUGACUAUUCUGAGUGUUCUAUUUGCCCAUUAGACGCAGCAUCCCUCAUAGGAAAUCGUUCUAAAAUUGCUACAAAUCCAAAAAAUGGAACUAAAAGACCCGAAUGGUGUUUAUUAGCUAAACUUACUCAGCAUAUGGAAACUGUACUCUUCCGAGAAAAAUUUUUAGACUGGCCCAAUGCUUCCGGAGUGAUAAAAGUAAAAAAGCCAGAAGAAAAAGAACAAGUUGAAGCUAAAAUUGUAAUUGAACCACCAGAUGUAAAUUUAAUGUUUGAACCGAAAUCAUCUUCCGUUGAUUUAAUUCUUGAAGGUUGCCAUUUAGGUAGAGGAAAUGGAUGGUUUGAUGAAGAAUUUAAAAGGCAAUAUAUUGUUGCAACCACCGAUGUCACAGUAUGGCACAUAAAUGAGUAUUCGUACACAAAACUUGAUAAAAAUUCUAUUGGGCAAUUUUUCACUGGAGAUAGUUAUAUCGUACGUUGGAUGUAUACAAUAACUGUCACGGGAAGAGAACUCAGUGGAUUACCAUCGAAACAUGCGGUGGAAGGUCGAGAUCGUUGUGCUUAUUUUAUUUGGCAAGGAAGAAAUGCUUCUUUGAAUAAACAAGGAACAGCUGCUCUGCUUACAGUUGAACUUGAUAAAGAAGAAGGCCCACAGAUUCGUGUAGUGGAGGGUUCUGAACCAGCAGCAUUUCUCAAUUUAUUCAAAGGCGGCAUGGUAAUACAUCUUGGAAAGAAAUCAGAAGAACGAGAUUUGAAAACAACGAGGACAUUUAUAAGCCGUGGUGUAGAGGAAAUGGAAACUGAAUUGAUUGAAGUUCCUUAUAGUCCUCGACAGUUAAGGAGUCGUGGUUCUUUAGUCUUCCUAGAUGGUGAGUCUGAGAAAAUAAAUAUUUGGCAUGGUCGACAUUCUCUGACUCAUGUGAAAAAAAAUACGGUUUAUGCUGCGAAUAAACUUAAAGAAAAUCGUCCAGUUGAGGCCGGGCUAAGUGCCAAUAGUGAAGUGAUAAUUCAGGAAAUUUUUGAGGGAGAAGAGCCAACAGAAUUCUUGGAAGGUGGUAUGAAUAGGAAGCUACACAUGACAUUAAAUAGAAAGAGCAUUCCGCAUCACACUCCGAGACUAUUCCACUUCUCAAGUGUCUCUGGGGAAUUUACAGCCACAGAAAUACUUUGUCCUCAUCGAUCUGAUGUGCCAAACCCUUUUCCUUUCGUUCAAGACGAGUUAUACCAAGCAAGUCAACCAACUUUAUUUUUAUUAGACAACAAAAAUGAACUUUGGUUGUGGCAAGGUUGGUGGCCUGAUUCGGGAUCUGAAGACCAAACAGGAAGUGGUGCAGUCAGAUGGCAAGCGGAACGAAGAGCAGCAAUGACAGUAGCUAUAGAAUAUUGGAAAAAACUUCAUCCCAACUCGAAAAAAUGUUCUGUGUACCUGGUGUGGGCUGGCUUGGAACCAUUAGAGUUUAUUGACCUCUUUCCUUCAUGGACUGACCGUGAUGAAAUCGCAGAAGUAAAUAUAAAGGAUGGUCGUGCUCCUGGCGAAAUACUUUCUGUUGAAAGCGAGCUGGCUCGUUUGAUGCAACGUACUUAUCCUCCUGCUCAAUUAUUACAACGACCUUUACCCGAAGGAGUUGAUCCUACUACUUUAGAACUAUAUUUAUCUCCACAACAUUUCCAGGAAUUAUUGGGAAUGACGAUAGAAGAAUUUCAAGAGCUUCCAUUGUGGAAACAAAUUGAUAUAAAAAAGAAAAUAGGCCUUUUUUGAUGAAUGGAGUUGAUAACAACAACUGUGACGAAUGUUUAUUAAUUUGUCAAAUUUUUUUUAUUGAUUAAAAAAAGUUGCCAACGCAAUUAAUUUAACUACAAACUCAAGACUCAUGUACACAAGACAUAAAAAUGUCUUCUGAAACGAAAAUGAAAAAGACUUAGGCUAAAGUAUUAUUCCGAAACUGCAAAGAUGAAAUUAUAUUUUUAAUACACGCAACAAAUCAUAAAUUGGCUUGUGAAUAUUUCAUUUAUAUUUGUACGGGUUUUAUAUUUAUCAAUAAUACAUGUGUUUUAAACCGU